AUGGGUACCCCUAAUGUCCUCGCUUUUGAUGCUGAGGGUCGAGCCAUUGACUUUGACGUCUCGGUAGAUGACCUGCAGCUGUUCUUACAGUGCGAUAGGGCACACGGUCUCUCUCUCUCUCUCUUUGACCUCACCUCUGGCGCCUCUCUUGCCCCUGCUACUGAUGUUGACGCCACUGUUCGCUCCCAGUGGGCCACGCGCGACGCUGCUGCACGUCUUGCUGUGCGUCGCCACCUCCCUACCUCCGAGCGUGCGCACUUUAGUCAGUACAAGAGUGCUCAGACCUUGGACCACUUCCUUGUAGUGUGCCCCACCACUCUCACCGUUGACCUCCUCAAGAAGGCCCUCCUAGCGGCGGGGAAGGGCAUAGUUGCUGUAGGAGCCUCUCGUGGUGACCCCCGCACCCCUGUCUUUGAGGGGUGUUCUCCCUCCCCCCUCUUGCCCUCUGUUGCUUCUGCUGCUGCAGCCGACCUUAAGGUUUUUGAGACGGUCGGUGCUGCGUCUGCCCCUUUGGGGAAGCGCCGCACAGGCAAGGGCAAGGGGGGCAAGGGCGCUGGAGGAGCUGGCGGGGGCGGUGGAGGCGGCGGUGGAGGCGGCGGAGGGAGUGGGGGUGGUGGGGGGACUGGUGGAGGGGGUGGGGGUACCGGUGGCAGCAGUGGAGGCGGAGGCGGCGGCGGUGGCGGAAGGAGCGGAGGCGGCGGUGGUAGCGGAGGCUGCGGUGGUGGCGGAGGCGGCGAAGGCGGCGGAGGCGGCGGAGGUGGCGGUGGAGCUGGUCACGGGUCUACGCAAAGGAGUGGUUCCGGUGGUGGUCCGUGCCAGCAGCAGCAGCGCGGUCGUGAGACCCUGUCCCCUCAGCAGCUCCGUGAAUGGUACACUGCACGCCAGCGGGGUGGGGGUUUUGGUCCGUGCACCUACGUCCUGCGCACCGGCGACCGUGCGGGUGAGCAGUGUGGGGGUGCGCACCCCACCCAGCGCUGCUUUGGCCGCCUGACGGACGCGUGGCGUCACCAGUUCCCUGAGGCCACAGAGAUCCCUCGCUGGGGCGAGCUGUCUAGGGCGGGAGUUGCCAUCUAUGAUCUUGAUUUUGAUGCUAUUCUUUCUGCCAUGUAUGCUGUGACUAUUAGUGAUAAGGGUGACUGUUACCGGUGUUUCCCGCCCGAUCCGGGCAUUGAGCCUGCUGCUCUAGGUAUUGGUGAGGCUGCUGCCCUAGGUGCUUGCAGGGCUGCUGCUCUAGGUGCUAAUGAGUCUGCGCUCUCAGGUACUGCGUCGGCUUCGGCCUCCCUCACCUUCACUCUUGACUCUGGGGCUUCUCGCUCCUUCUUUUGGGACCGCACCACACUCACGCCGCUUAGUCGGCCAGUUGCGGUGUCUCUGGCUGACCCCUCUGGGGGUCCUGUCCUGUCUCACUUCUCCAUAGUCCUCCCGGGCGCCAGCGGGCUGCCCCUCACUCCUCCCAGUUUCCUCCGAUAG